AUGGCUGCCUCUGUUGCAACACCCAUCCCUAAUAAUUCCACCCCUAAACCCCUUUCAAAACCUACUUCUACAUCCACAUCUAAACAAAUCAACGAACUUAAAGAUGACGAAACAGAUCAAAAAUUAUCUCCUGUAAUUAAUAAUUAUAUGAAAAGAUUUGGAAUUGACGCAAGAGACUCCAACACUCGCGAUAACUGGAUUCCAAGAAACCCUAAAUUAAUACGAUUGACAGGAAAACAUCCUCUCAACUGUGAACCACCUGUUCCUUUACUAUUUGAACAAGGUUUCAUCACCCCAAAUGAUCUACAUUAUGUAAGAAAUCAUGGACCUGUUCCUAAACUUGAUUGGAAAACUCACCGAUUAGUCAUUGACGGGUUGGUAUCCAAACAACUUACUUUAUCAAUGGACGAUAUUGUUAAAUUGCCCUAUCGUGAAUUUCCCGUUACUUUGGUUUGUGCCGGUAAUCGUCGUAAAGAACAAAACAUGGUCAAGCAAUCGAUUGGUUUCAAUUGGGGCGCUGCUGCUGUCUCCACUGCUGUCUGGCGUGGUGUAUCGCUUAGUUACGUCUUGAAAAUGGUUGGUUUGAGCCUUGAUGCUGAUUACGGUGAGGAACGUCAUGUUUGUUUCGUUGGCGCUGACCGUCUACCAAACGAUUACUAUGGUACAAGUUUACCUUUGGAUUGGUCAAUGAAUGAAGCAAAAGAUGUCUUGUUGGCUUAUCAGAUGAACGGUGAAAUCUUAUCCCCUGAUCAUGGUUACCCGUUACGUGUAAUAAUCCCAGGUGUUAUUGGUGGUCGUAUGGUCAAAUGGCUCAACAGAAUUACCAUCACAAACAAAGAAUCAAACAACUACUACCACUAUAACGACAAUCGUCUCCUGCCACCAAACGUUGAUGCUGAACGUGCAACCAAAGAAGGUUGGUGGUACAAACCUGAUUAUAUCAUCAACGAGUUAAACAUCAACUCUGCAAUUGUAUCACCUGAUCAUGACGAAACAUUAUCAAUCUCAAGUUUCAAAAGCGAUUCCGAGUACAAGUUAAAAGGUUAUGCAUAUAGUGGUGGAGGUCGUAAAGUUACACGUGUGGAGAUUAGUUUGGAUGACGGCAAAACUUGGUCAUUAACCGAUUUAGAACAUCCUGAACUUAAUCAUCCUGCGGUCGUCAAUAGACGUCAGAGACCGCUUCGUAAUCAUUGGUGUUGGAUUUUUUGGUCAUUCUCAGUACCUGUUCAUAAAUUAAUCGAGUCCAAGGAAAUCCUUGUACGUGCUUGGGAUUGUUCAAAUAACACCCAACCAUCUCACCUAACUUGGAAUGUCAUGGGAAUGAUGAAUAAUUGUUAUUUUAGAGUCAAGAUUAAUAUUAUUGUCAAGGGUAGAGAUGUUGCUUUGAAAUUUGAACAUCCAACACAAGCCGGGCCCAAUCCUGCAUCUGAAGUAGAAAAACACACAGAGGAGGAUGAUUGUUGGAUUAUAGUUGAGAAUAAAGUUUAUGAUUGUUCAAAAUACCUUAAUGAUCAUCCUGGUGGUUUGGAUAGUAUUCUCAUCAAUGCUGGUAGUGACUGUACCGAAGAAUUCACGGCAAUUCAUUCUGACAAAGCUAAAAAUUUAAUAAAACAAUUUUACAUUGGCGAUCUUGAUCAAUCAGAAAAUAGUGCGAUAAUACCAGAUGCAACAAUAUCAACUACCACAACAAUUGCACCUAUCGAAACAACACCUAAAAUAAUAGAAGAAGAGUUACCACUAGCUUUGGAUCCAAAAACUUGGCUCAAAUGUCCUUUACUUUCAAUUAAAGUACUUAGUCAUGACACACGUAUUUAUAGGUUUAAACUUCAGAGUGACAAACAUUUAUUCGGUUUGCCACCAGGAAAACAUAUAUUCAUAAGAGCAAAUAUCGACAACAAAUCAACAAUAAGAGCUUAUACACCAAUCACAACUCCAAAUGAUCCACCCGGUUAUUUUGAUUUGCUAAUUAAAGUCUACUUCAAAAAUGUACAUCCUAAAUUUCCCGAUGGUGGUGCAAUGACACAAUAUCUUGAUUCGUUAUCAAUAGGCGAUUCAAUCGAAGUCAAAGGACCACUUGGUUCAUUUUCAUACUGUGGAGCUGGUAAAUAUCAACUCAAAAGCGGAAAGAGUCCCACUUUACACAGUUGUAAGAGGAUUUCAAUGAUAGCUGGAGGUUCAGGAAUUACACCAAUUUAUCAAGUUAUCAAAUCUGUUAUACAUGAUAACGAUGAUAACACCGAACUAGCAUUAAUAUAUGCUAACAAAACUGAAGAUGACAUUUUAUUAAGAAAAGAAUUAGAUGAGAUAACAUCCAAACAUCCAAAUAUUAAAAUAUUUUAUACAUUGGAUAAUCCUACUAAAGAUUGGAAAUAUGGUAAAGGAUUCGUUUGCGAGCAAAUGAUUCGUGAUAAUUUAUAUCCACCAUCAUCUGAUUCUGAAUCUAUAGUUUUAAUGUGUGGUCCUCCUCCAAUGAUAGAAUAUGCUUGUAUUCCAAAUCUAAAGAAAUUCGGUUUUAAAGAAACUGAAUAUUUCAAAUUCUAA